AAAGACACUGGCUGACCCGCUCACCGAACGGCAAUUGGCGGUGUGACAAUAACGGCUCGCUUUGGCAAUGUAACAGACGUGCGUUAAACGUCAAGCGGCGGCGACGCCGACAACGCGUCGAGCGAUAUCUUCAGUCGUGGUUCGCUGUUUCGGCGAAGCUACAAGAGAAAGAGUUCUUCAAUAAUACCAGCGACGUCGUGCAGGAAAUUUGAGUAGGAAGGCUGGAACAAGCGUAUCUUUCAGCUUGUUUACGAAUCUGUGGUGUGGAAGGAAACGUUAUAGUACAGGAAGUACAAACCAGACAAAAUGUCCCAGGAUAGUCCUGUGAUUGUUGUGGGAGCUGGAGUAAGUGGCUUGUCAGCCGCUCGGGAAUGUAUCAAACGUGGCCAGGAAGUAAUCGUGCUUGAAGCACGUGAUCGCGUCGGUGGCCGGACUCACACAAAAGAGGGCGUCGAAUUCGGGUACGUGGAUAUCGGGGGCGCUUACGUAGGAGCGACACAGAAUUAUUUACUAAGAACUCUGCAAGAGCUCAAUUUGCAGGAUAAACUAUACCGCAUCUACGUUGAGAAUCGAUUCGUUUUUCUGCUCAAUGGCAAGCGAUACCAGCACCCGGCGGACGACUUCCCACACUUCUGGAACCCACUAGCCGAAAUGGACGUCAACAAUUUUUUCCGAACUUUAGACGAUAUGGGCAAAGAAAUUCCGGCGGAGGCCCCGUGGAACGCUCCUCAUGCCGAGGAAUGGGACCAAAUGACAUGUAGGGAGUUCGUCAACAAAACGUGUUGGACCAAAGAGGGUCGCGAAUUCGCAGAGUUCUUCAUUCAGAUCAACGUCACCUCGGAGCCCUACGAGUCCUCCCUUCUUUGGUUUCUUUGGUACAUCAAACAAUGUGGUGGCGUUAAGCGAAUCGUUUCUAUUAAGGGUGGAGGUCAAGAAAUGAAGAUGAAGGGUGGCAUGCAACAGCUCAGCGAGUCAAUGUUCAAAUCACUUGGAGAACGAGUUAAAUUAAAUCAUGCUGUAGUAUCAGUGGAACACUCGAACGGCGGCGUCGUCGUACGCUGUAUAAACGGUGAAAAAUUUGAGGGGUCACAUAUUAUUCUGGCAACAGCUCCUCCAAUGCAGAUGAAAAUUCAUUUCUCUCCUAGUCUUGGUCCGCUCCGUACUCAACUAGCGCAACGUAUGCCGAUGGGAUCUGUAUGGAAACUCCAGGUUUAUUAUAAGGAUGCUUGGUGGCGUGACCUCGGCUAUAGCGGCGCCAUCGGCGCUACUCCAUCAGAGACGUAUGCUCCCGUUAUCUAUACGAUAGACGACACGAAGCCCGAUGGCUCACAUCCGUCCCUAAUCGGUUUUAUGCCGGCAGACCGUGCGCGAAAGCUCCUUCAUCUUACGCCGCAGCAGCGAUGCGAUAUGCUAAAAGCGAUGUACAACCACGCCUUCCAGACGGAUAAGGCCAAUGAUGUGGUGCAUUAUUUAGAACACAACUGGAUGGGUGAGGAAUACACAGGCGGAUGCUAUUCUUGCAUGCUCCCGCCUGGCGUUCUGACGACCUUCCGAGGAACGCUUCGAGAUUCGAUCGGUCGCGUCCACUUUGCGGGUACUGAAACAGCCUGGGAAUGGUCGGGCUAUAUUAAUGGAGCUAUCGCCAGUGGUGAACGGGCCGCUAAGGAAGCGCUUUAUCAGCUCGGACGAAUUGAUCAAACUAUCAUGGAUGCUAAAGAGCCGCUCAAUCACUUUAUCCCGAUCCAGGACUUCAGUAACACAUUGUACGAGACUUAUCUCCCAUCGGUGCCAUGCUUCCUCCGCUUAAUCGGCGUUGCGGCUCUUGGACUAGGUCUUUAUGCUGCGCAUAAAAAGGGAGUUGCCCUCUGCCCUAUCGAGGCCCUGAAACACCUGUGCGAACGUAAUUAGACGUUAAACGACUCAAGUCGGCUUUCAUUCGGUCUCCCGAGGCGUGCACCGGACCUAUCCUAGCAGUCUAGCAGGACGUUAUUAUUUCAAUGAUCCACCUACGCAACUGACGAUCAGAACAGACCGUCGUCGCACAAUCAGACUAUUUUGACGAGUGGCUUCUUUUUGUUGAAUUUCAUUAUUGUAUAUUGGUAUUUUUAUUCAUGAAGCAGGCUCAUGCAAAAAACUUAUCACAUCGUAUAGACAACUGCUCUAUUGGCCCAUAUUUGUGAGAAUAAAGAAAGCUUAUCUGUCUACGCGUUUAACUCGGAAAA